GCUCCCGCAGCUUGCACAGCCCCGAUGGCUCCCAACCCCGGCGGAUGCCUCUGCCUGCUGCUGCUGCUGCCGCUCCUGCCGUUGCCCACCUGCUGCCUUGUGCCCGCCGGAGCCAACCUGCUGUCUCUGGACUGGCUGUGGUCCACCAACAUCAUCGACCCCUCGGCCACGCGGGCCUCCCAGCCUCAGGGCGGCUCACCGGUACAGUCCACAGAGGACCCCGCCACGCACGUGGGCCCCCAGGAUGGCCUCUCAGAACAAUGGACAACCACUGCCAGCCCCGCGCUGCCCCUAAAGGAUCAGGAAGCUGGCCAGAGUGAGGUCCCCGCCUCCUCCGUGCCCCCCACGCCCUCUUCUGCCUCGGCCGCGAGCCGGGACAGGAAGGAGGAGAACAUUGCCGGUGUCGGAGCCAAGAUCCUGAACGUGGCGCAGGGCAUACGGAGCUUUGUCCAGCUCUGGGAUGAUGCUGCUACAACCACGGAGAGCACCCCAGCUGCCUCCGCCCCCACAGACCCCCUCACCCUUGCAGAGCUCUCCAGCCGCCCCCGGGGGACCGAGACCACUUUCUGGACAAGCAGCGGAGCUCCAAGUUCUCCAGGCCAGUCAACUGAGGCCGGCCCCCUGACCCCAGCCACCCAGCCGCCUUCUUCCUCGGGCAGGUUCCGGGAACCACUGAAGGGACCCUCAGUGCCACCAGCAUCCCCAGGUAGUGCUUCUCUUUCUUCUACGCCCAGCAGGACCCCUCCUCGGGGGAGCCAGCAGCCACCUGGGCAGCCUCAGCAUUUGGAAAGAGAAGGACGCUCGCCCAUGACAGCUGGUCCCAGCCAGCAGCACCAGCAACCUGAUGGCCACUCUGAUACCCACAGGCACACACCUCUUCUGCUUGCCCUGGUGACGGGUCCUCUGAGGGUGCACAGCCUCCUCUCUGCUCCUUCCUCUCACCCCUCAGCCCAGCUCUCUCAGAUACCAGCCGCAGCUUUCCCCGGGGACCCUGGUGCUUGGUUUUCGGUGGCUCCCUCUGAGGUGCCUGGCCUUUUUAAUGACUCUGCACUGCCUGAGACUGGUCCCCUGACUCCUGCCAGGCGCUGCCUGCCCCUGCCACCCUCCCUGCCCAUCUGUGGCCAUCUGGGCAUUGAGCGCUCCUGGCUGCCCAAUCAUCUCCGUCAUGAGAGCAGUGAGGAGGUGCAGGCCACCGUGCAGGCAUGGGGGGCCCUCCUGCAGACCCACUGCCACCCCUUUCUUGCCUGGUUCUUCUGUCUCCUCCUGGCUCCCCCGUGCGGCCCGGGCCCGCCGCCUGCCCUGCCACCUUGCCGCCAGUUCUGCAAGGCCGUGGAGGAUGCAUGCUGGAGCCACCUGCACAGGGGUCAGCUGCCCAUCACCUGUGCCUCGCUCCCUGCCCAGGAGGAUGGGUACUGUGUGUUCAUUGGGCCGGCUGCAGAGCGCAUCGUGGAAGAUGUGGGGUUGCUGCAGCUACUCGGGGACCCCUUACCCCAGCAUAUCACGCAGAUCGAAGACCCUGACGUUGGGCCGGCCUAUGUGUUUGGGCCAGACUCCAAAAGCGGCCAGGUGGCCCAGUAUCACUUCCCCAGACUCUUCUUCCGUGACUUCUCGCUGCUGUUCCAUAUCCGGCCUGCCUCAGAGGGCGCAGGGGUGCUGUUUGCUAUCACAGAUGCGGCACAGGCGGUGGUCACCCUGGGCGUGAAGCUCUCGGGGGUGCAGACGGGGCACCAAAACAUCUCUCUGCUCUACACAGAGCCAGGCAUCAGCCAGACCCAGACGGCUGCCAGCUUCCGCCUGCCUGCGUUCGUGGGUCAGUGGACACACUUUGCACUCAGUGUGGAUGGCAGCUCUGUGGCUCUCUACGUGGACUGUGAGGAAUUCCAGAAGCUUCCAUUUGCUCGGUCCCCACAGGGCCUAGAGCUGGAGCGAGGUGCUGGCCUCUUUGUGGGCCAUGGCGGAGCAGCAGACCCUGACAAGUUCCAGGGAACAAUCGCAGAGCUGAGGGUGCGCAGUGACCCCCAGGUGAGCCCCGUGCACUGCCUGGAUGAAGAGGACGAUGAGGAGGACAGGGCAUCCGGAGACUAUGGAAGUGGCCUUGAGGAGAGCGGUGACACGCACAGGGAGGAGACGGACAUACUCUUACCACCCAACCUCCCGCAGCCUCCCCCUGUCACAUCUCCCCCCUUGGCUGGAAGUAACAACAUGGAAGAUUCCAGAACAGAAGAAAUUGAGGAGUCAUUGACAGCUCAGACCCUUCCUGACGCAAAUUCGGUUGGCAUGUUGGAUGAGAGCGUCCAGAACCCUGGAGGUAGCCUGAACAAGGGAGGCCAGAAAGGGCAGAAAGGGGAGCCGGGUGCUCAGGGCCUCCCUGGCCCAGCUGGUCCUCAAGGGCCUGCAGGGCCAGUGGUGCACGGCCCCAACGCACAACCUGUCCCCGGGGCACAGGGCCCCCCAGGACCCCAGGGACCACCAGGGAAGGAUGGCAUCCCAGGCAAGGACGGUGAACCGGGUGACCCCGGUGAAGAUGGGAAACCAGGUGAAGCUGGCCCUCAGGGCUUCCCAGGAAUGCCAGGAGACCCGGGCCCCAAGGGUGAGAAGGGCGAUCCUGGAGUUGGGCCAAGAGGACCUCCAGGACCUCAAGGGCCUCCGGGACCACCAGGACCCUCCUUCAGACAGGACAAGCUGACCUUCAUUGACAUGGAGGGAUCUGGCUUCAGUGGAGACCUGGAGAGCCUUAGGGGCCCACGAGGCUUUCCUGGUCCCCCAGGGCCCCCUGGAGUCCCAGGCCUGCCUGGUGAGCCAGGACGCUUUGGGGUCAACAGCUCCUAUGCUCCAGGGCCCGCAGGUCUUCCUGGUGUGCCUGGACGGGAUGGGCCACCCGGCUUUCCUGGCCCCCCGGGACCCCCAGGUCCUCCAGGCAAAGACGGCCCACCAGGAAAGGCAGGCCCGAAAGGCAGCCUUGGCUAUAUAGGCAUCCCAGGACCCAAGGGAAGCAAAGGGGACCCCGGCCCCGUCGGUAUGCCUGGGAAGAAUGGCCUGGUGGGGGCCCCUGGGCCAGCUGGACCUCAAGGACCCCCAGGACCUCCUGGGCCACCAGGACCAGGAUUUGCUGCUGGAUUUGAUGACAUGGAAGGUUCUGGAAUGCCCUUCUGGUCGACAGCCCGAGGCUCAGAUGGGAUGCAGGGACCUCCAGGCCUGCCAGGACUCAAGGGGGAUACCGGAAUGACAGGGCCACCUGGAGCCAAGGGAGAAGUUGGAGCAGAUGGAGCUCGGGGAUUUCCUGGUCUCCCUGGCAGAGAGGGUGCAUCUGGGCCUCCGGGAUCCAAAGGAGAGAAGGGGAGCCAGGGAGAAAAGGGUGAGCCAGGGAAGGACGGAGUGGGGCAUCCAGGCCUCCCUGGGCCCCCCGGGCCCCCCGGGCCUGUGAUCUACGUGUCGGAUCAGGAGAGAGCAGCCGCUAGCGUUCCAGGACCUGAGGGCAAACCAGGCUAUGCGGGCUUUCCGGGACCGGCUGGGCCAAAGGGUGAUCUGGGUUCCAAAGGCGAGCAAGGCUUUCCAGGGCCCAAGGGUGAGAAAGGGGAGCCUGGUGCGGUCUUUGGUCCUGACAGCAGAACCCUGGGUCCUGCCCAGAAAGGAGCCAAGGGCGAGCCAGGCUUCCGAGGACCCCCGGGCCCAUAUGGGCGGCCUGGGCACAAGGGCGAGAUCGGCUUCCCUGGACGGCCGGGUCGCCCCGGCAUGAACGGGUUAAAAGGAGAGAAAGGGGAACCCGGAGAUGCCAGCCUUGGAUUCAGCAUGAGGGGAAUGCCUGGCCCCCCAGGGCCUCCAGGGCCCCCAGGGCCUCCGGGGAUGCCCAUCUAUGACAACAACGCAUUUUUGGAGUCUGGCCAACCUGGGCCUCCGGGACUGCAAGGUGUUCAGGGGCCUCCAGGACCAAAGGGUGACAAAGGAGAGGUGGGACCACCUGGGCCACCAGGGCAGUUCCCCUUUGACCUCCUCCAUUUGGGCGCUGAAGUGAAGGGAGACAAGGGAGACAGAGGAGACACCGGACAGAAGGGAGAGAGGGGCGAGCCUGGUGUCAGUGGCAGCCUCUUUGGGGGCUCCAGUGUGCCUGGGCCCCCAGGACCCCCUGGCCCACCUGGCUACCCUGGGAUCCCGGGUCCAAAGGGAGAGAGCAUCCGAGGCCAGCCUGGCCCACCUGGCCCUCAGGGACCUCCUGGCAUUGGCUAUGAGGGUCGCCAGGGACCCCCGGGGCCCCCAGGUCCUCCAGGGCCCCCUUCAUUCCCCGGACCUCACAGGCAGACAGUCAGCGUUCCUGGUCCUCCGGGCCCACCUGGUCCUCCAGGACCCCCUGGAGCCAUGGGUGCCUCCUCCGGGCAGGUAAGAAUCUGGGCCACAUACCAGACCAUGCUGGAGAAGGUGCGCGAAGUACCUGAAGGCUGGCUCGUCUUUGUGGCUGAGAGGGAAGAGCUCUACGUGCGUGUCAAAAAUGGCAUCCGCAAGGUGCUGCUGGAGGCCCAGACAGUGCUUCCACGUGGAACGGGUAACGAAGUGGCCGCCCUCCAGCCCCCGCUGGUGCAGCUUCACGAGGGCAGCCCCUACACCCGGCGUGAGCACUACUCCACGGCGCGGCCCUGGAGAGCAGACGACAUCCUAGCCAGUCCCCCGCGCCUGCCAAACCCACAGCCCUACCCGGGAGCCCCACAUCACCACGGAUCCUACAUGCACACGAGGCUGCCACGUCCCACCAGCUCACCUGCUCACACCCACCAGGACUUCCAGCCGGUGCUCCACCUGGUGGCACUGAACAGCCCGCUGUCGGGCGGCAUGCGCGGCAUCCGCGGGGCCGACUUCCAGUGCUUCCAGCAGGCGCGGGCCGUGGGCCUGUCCGGCACCUUCCGCGCCUUCCUGUCCUCGCGGCUGCAGGACCUCUACAGCAUCGUUCGCCGCGCCGACCGGGGGGCCGUGCCCAUCGUCAACCUCAAGGACGAGGUGCUUUCUCCCAGCUGGGAGGCUCUGUUCUCUGGCUCCCAGGGCCAGCUGCAACCUGGGGCCCGCAUCUUCUCUUUUGAUGGCCGGGACGUCCUGAGACACGCAGCCUGGCCUCAGAAGAGCGUGUGGCACGGCUCAGACCCCAGUGGGCGCCGGCUGACCGAGAGCUACUGUGAGACAUGGCGGACAGAGGCUGCAGGGGCCACGGGCCAGGCUUCCUCGCUGCUGUCGGGCAAGCUCCUGGAGCAGAAAGCCGUGAGCUGCCACAACACCUACAUCGUCCUGUGCAUAGAGAACAGCUUCAUGACGUCCUUCUCCAAGUAGGGCCUCGGCCACUCAAGAGCAUGCAGAGAGAUGGCUGAGAAGCCGGACUCGGGGCAGAGAGCACCUGGCCAGACCUAGUGCCCAGCUGGCAUGUCUGGUCAGACCCAGUGCCCAGCUGGGAUACUGCCCUGUAUAGUUCACAUUUCAUGUAAUCCUCAAGAAAUAAAAAGAAACCAAAGAGUAUAUUUUUUAAAAAGUUUAACACAGAAAAGCCUGAUGCCAAGACUUUAUACCUUUCCCCUCCUCCACACUGGCCAGCCUGUCUUACAGGUCCUUCAUCUGGGCCAGGUGGAGCCUCCCAGCCAGAAUCAGGCCCCAGCUGGACCUCAGCUAGAGGCCAAGCCCGAGUUGCUGGGCCUGUAGUCUCCUCAGGGAGCCAGGAAGAGCUUGCUCUCACCCUGGCAGAUGCAGGCUGUCUCCUGGGACAGACCCAGACCAUUUCCAGAGCAGCCGCAGGGAGGUGCGAGGGGCUGACCCCAGGGCAGUUGGGCCUCUUAUCUUCUCACCACCCAGCAGCCAUGCCAGUAGCACAGACAUCUGCUUGCCCAGGUGGUGGUCAAGGUGGUCCACAAUGGGCAGCUGGAGCUAUCUGUCCCCUCUGCACAGCACCCAUGGCACCAAUCCCCACACAAACUCAGCAGCCCCUGCUAACCUCAGAUCUGACCCUGUCCCCCAACACUGCACAGGGGCCAGUUCAGGCUUCUCUCUCUGUAGACUGAAUCCAGCCAAGCCCUAAAAUUCAGGCUGUAGCAGGGCCCUGUCCCAAGUCCUUGAGUUCAGCAGAGUUUGCUAAGAGCUUGCUCUGUGGAAGGGCGGGUGCACUCAGGGCCACACAGUGCUGACCGCAGCAAUUGCGCCAGCACCCACCUGCUUCAGACUCUGCUGUCCAAGGACUGGGACAAGAUCACCGGGGCUGGUUCUGUGACUUUGUGAUGUGAAGCCAUUUCAUCAAAUGGGCACCAAAUAAAAAUUAUCUUUUACACGGACAA